GCUGCGUGAUACAUUUUCUGGGAACGUGUGCAGCCUGUAGUGCUCCGGUGGAGAGGAGUUCAAGACAUUUCAGUGUCCAAUCAAGCCGUCCAUUACAGCGUCGGUUUUGGUAUCGUCGAGUAUUCGCCCUGUCUCUUCAUUUCCAGACGCACAUCAUGGCAUCCAGGAAAACCAGCCUUGGCGCCACUUUCAUUCUCGUACUGGCUUUUACUUCUGCAGAAGAAGUAACUUCUGCAGGAGAUUCUUAUUCAAGCUCAGGAGGUCGAAAUUCCGAGCUGGCCGCCACUCAGUGCCCAGAGAAGUGCGAAAUCAAUUUAGCAGGCCGAACUUGCAAAUUGAAUCAUAACUGUCUGAUGGAAAUAUUGCAUUCUCAUAGAGAUACUGCUUUGGAACAGUUACCAGAAGGCGGCGACGGUGAUGAACAGUGCGGAGGACAGUGUUACUUCCAGGACAAACAGGGCAAGUGUCGCCUCGAUCUCCUCUGCAUUUUGGACGGGGACUUCGCGGAGACAUGUCGGUUCCUGAGUGACUGUGACAUUCCUGCUUUCAGCGCUUCAGAUGAGCGGGGUCACUGCUCCUCUUCGAACACGGAAAGUGAUUGCGCAGACACAGGCCCAAGCGAUAGUCGUUCCGUGGAUGUGCGGUUUGGGAUCACUUCAAUCACCGAUCCACCUAACCGUCCUUGUCCUGGGAAGUGUAUGGUUAGGGACUCGCAAGGAAACUGCGUCGUUAAUUUUGAUUGUGCCAGCAUGGAGCCCUAGAUUAAAAUACUAAUUAACAUUUUUAUAUUAAUGUAUUUUUUGUGAAUGUAGUAUGUUCCUGAAUGUAAUAAAUAAAUUGUUAGUUAAAAUCUCAAGUUAGUUUUGUUUAUCAGGCUGUUUAUAUAUCAUUAGAACUGGAAGCAAGGUAACAGCGAGUUUAGAUUAAAUAAAAGUAAUUACUGUACUCUGCUGUUAAUUGAUAAUAAAGGUCAUUG